UGAGAAGUCCUAAUUAAGCUGAAAAGUGAGAACUCAUUGUAGCCGUCUGAUUACCUCUUCUCAGCUGUCCGAUUGAUGGCAUUACCUCGUUUCAUUAAUGGCAGAUUUGAAAUUUUCGUAAACUAUAAAUCCUUUUGUUAAACAACAUGUUUGGCUCUGUAUCCGCCUCUCCCUUAAACAACGUCGAACUGCAAUUCAUCGAUGAAGUUUAUCAUCUACAACCUGUACUUGUUCCAGCGCCGUAGAAGAGGAUAGAACAAGUUUUGAUCACGACGACUGCCCAUCGAAGACAUAUCGAAGUAUAAUGGAUCAAGUUGAUGAUGUUGAUGUUGUUGAUGUGAACUCAAAUAUGAUCUCAACUCCAUUCUUGAGCACUUCCUUUUCUUCUAAAGAAUGGAUUCCAGCUUGCCCUCCUGAUUGUAAACCUGCUGUUGAAGUUAUUGGACAUGGUUGAAUCUUUCAAAGGCUUAAUUCUUUCAAAACAUACUUCCAAUGAUGUUGGAAAAGGUUCAAAUGACAUUGAAAGCCUCUUAGGUAUCAGCUCUUCAUCAGAAUAUAGUAUUCAUCCUCCCAAGAUUUCUGUUAAUAAAGGCAGAAAAAAAAGAAUGAUUAGUGAGCGUAAAAAAGCUAUACUUAAGAAGAGGUCAAGUAAUGUUGAUAAGAGUGAUGCUUGUGCCACAAAGGAUCAAGUCAAGAAGCCAAGAACAUGCAAAUCUUGUGGUGAAGUUGGUUUCCAUGAUAGUAGAAACUGUCCAAAUAAAGAAUGUGACAGUUCUUCAAGUUCUUGAUAUAUUGGACUCGUCUCCGUUUGCUGCCUCUUGCUGUCUUUGCAAUUUUUGAAACGGUAUCAGAACAUCCGCUCCUUGUCAUCUCAAGAAGGCCUCAUCUCUCCCCUUCCCUAACAUGUUCUGAACUUUGUGUCAUUUGUUAUGUUCAUAUAUCGAUCAUGAAGUCGAAGAGUUGUUAGUGAGCUUGCUUUUUUAUGACUUUAAGUUGUUGCAA